AUGUCUGAACGACAAAAUACUCUCCAAAGGAUCAAUACUGAGACUUCGUCCAUCCCACAAAUCGAAGUCAUGUCUCCUCCGCGUGAUAAAAAGCCCAAGCGCACACCCAGAGACACAGGAUUUCCGGAACCUUUUCAUAGUGGCCCAAACACUACGCUGCCUCACCCCGAUGCGGACCUCUCGCCAAACGCCAUGCUUUCGUACGAAGACGUCUGCGAGGAGCGAAUGAUCAAGAGGCACAGGCUCUCUUUUUUGAAGAAGCACAAGCGAACGGUUUCUUAUGGCGUCAUUAAUCCUCAAUCUGAAGCCUUAAGCAGCAUUGUGUCUCUUUCGAUGCUAGACUUUGACGGAAAGAAUAACAAUCAAUUGAGGAGCACGUCGACAACCAGUCUACGACUUUCAAAGGAUGGAGGCGACAGCAUCCGCUCCAGUUCCAAGAAAGAUGAAGAUACACCGCCGACCUCACCGGAUGUGGCAGAACACCGCCGAAAGUCUGGACUAUUCAGCCGAUUCAAGCGAUCUUGA